UUUCGAGACACGAGCCACGGGCUACUGUAAUAACAACAUGCAAUAUUAUUGUGGGGGAGAUGAGUUGACAUUUUAGACAUGAAUAUGGCCGAGUCUCUUAGAAAUUCCACUGAUAUCGAUGCAAAUGUGAAUACAUCUAGUCCAUUUUACUUUCACUGACGCAAACAUAUAGCGUGCGAAUGAUUUCUAUACCCAUUGACAGGUGGGGAUUGUUGUGCGACAUUAUUGCGACAGAGAUGCUUUCAUCGUGAUGGUGAUCCUAACCAGACUCAAAAGCAACCGAAAGGCACUACUACGGCUUCGCCAAUUUUAGCGCCGCUUCACAUAUCGCCCGACUUUGACAGUGGCUGUACAACUUGAUCAUGUGCUCUGUAAAAGCGAGGAUUCCUUGACUAUAAUGGCCACUACUGUUUCUAUAGAAACCAACGCGACGAUACACUUUGAAUUUAGCCAAUAUGGCUAUCGCAUUCUGGCAGCAGGUAUCAUGUGCCUCGUGACAAUUAUCGGUGUGAUUGGAAACAGUCUCGUGGUCGUAGCUUUGUUUCUGUCAAAUAAACUCCAAACAACAACGAAUGUCUUUGUAGCGUGCCUAGCUGUAACAGAUCUCCUGAACUGCAUCUUCUUUCCGGUGCAAGUGAUCUCUCUUCUUGACAGCAAUGGCCCUCCACCGAUUGGGUCUCUAUGUGGAAUAGCAGGGGGAGUUAUCAUUACCACGAACAUAGCAAGUGUCGUCCUUUUAACUCUAAUUGCCAUAAACAGAUGGAUCAAAAUCACACGAUCACAUGAAACCUACGCUCGAGUAUACAGUCAAAGGAAUCUUGUGUUGAUGGUUAGCAUCAGCUGGAUCUACCCAAUCCUUGUUAUGAUCCUUCCCCAGAUGGCUGGCCUGGGCAAACUUGGCUAUUCCCAACGCUACAAAAUAUGCGGCUGGAGCGAUGAACAAAGGGGCGAGUUUUUCAUGUCGAUGAUGUUGGCUUUGUCAAUCAUUUCUGCUUUCGUCGUGAUAACAUCGUGUUACGUCGUCAUCGCCUUGCACGUUCAUAAGCAAGCUCGUCAGAUAGCUGCAGCGCGUAGCAACCAGACUUCAGCCUCCCAACAACCAGCGCAAGAUGAAGGUCCAGCCAUUGCUCCCACACAUGUAUCCGUCCGUCUCCGCAUAGUCGAGCCAGAGAUACGCGCAAACCCAUGGAAUGCGCGGGAAAUGAAAGUGACCAAAAAUCUUGCCACUGUCGUCUGUGUAUUCUAUGUCUUCGUCUUGCCUUAUGGCGUUUGCUCUGUAAUUCCAGGCAGUUAUAUUCCUUUUAUCUGUUUCACCAUUCUGAUUCUCAGUAACUCGAUGAUCAAUCCGGUUAUUUAUGGCUUCAAGCAUCCUGUUUUCAGUCAGGUUUUUCUUUGCAUCUUUCAAUGUCGUUUGGACAACGUGGUAGAGCCCUCUCGUGGAUUGAGAUACCUCCUGCGACACCGGUAAACAUCGUGAUUCUGUUACCAUGCUCAGGCGACAAUUACUCCAUGGUCAAUCUUCGUUCUACACUAACCGAAUUU